AUGAUGGAAAGAAUAAGAAAAGAGAUGAUCCUGAUGGAGAGAGGGCUGCACAGCCCUACAGCUGGCAAAAGGCUCUCGAAUUUGUCAGACUCAGCUGGAAAUGCGGUGCUGGAGGCCCUUGAAAAUUCUCCGCACAGUGGUCGCCUCAGCCCGAGACUGACUGCCGCCUCCCUGCACAGCGCUAUAGGGGACAUCUCCGCCAAAGGCAAAUUUGAAAUAGACACUUUAUUCAAUCUUCAGCAUCCGAGCAGUGAAAGCACCGUCUCCUCCGAAAUCCCGCCGUCGGAAAGCAGGAAGAAAAUCAGCCUUUAUUCCGAAGUUGCUCAAGAGGCAGAUAUGAACAGUGAUGUGGAGGUGGGCUGCUCCGCGCUCCGCUCCCCGGCCAGCCUGACUUCCUCCCAGCUGAAGGAAAACAGUAACAAAGGCUACGCGGAGAGCAGCCCGGCGCCCAGCACCCCGGCCGCCGCCUCCGCCGCCCCCGCCGCCGGCAUCGGCAGCCUGCACGGCGGCGGGGCGCUGGGGGGCUCGGCGGCGGGGGCCGACCAGGUGCGCCGGUACCGGACCGCCUUCACCCGCGAGCAGAUCGCCCGCCUGGAGAAGGAGUUUUACCGGGAGAACUACGUGUCGCGGCCGCGGCGCUGCGAGCUGGCCGCCGCCCUCAACCUCCCCGAGACCACCAUCAAGGUGUGGUUCCAGAACCGGCGGAUGAAGGACAAGCGGCAGCGCCUGGCCAUGUCCUGGCCCCACCCGGCCGACCCCAGCUUCUACACCUACAUGAUGACCCACGCAGCGGCCACGGGCAGCCUGCCCUACCCCUUCCACUCCCACGUCCCGCUCCACUACUACCCGCACGUCGGGGUCACCGCCGCCGCCGCCGCCGCCGCCGCCUCGGGGGCCGCCGCCGCGCCCUUCGCCACCUCCAUCCGCCCGCUGGACACCUUCCGCGCCCUCUCCCACCCCUACUCCCGCCCGGAGCUGCUCUGCAGCUUCCGACACCCCGGCCUCUACCAGGCGCCGGCCGCCGCCGCCGCCGGCCUCAAUAGCAGCGCGGCCGCCUCGGCGGCGGCGGCGGCGGCGGCAGCGGCGGCGGCGGCGGCGGGGUCGGGCCCGCCGGGGGGCUCGGCGCCCUGCUCCUGCCUCAGCUGCCACAGCAGCCAGACGGCGGCGGCGGCGGCGGCGGCGGCCUCGGCGCUGGGAUCGCGGGGCUCCGCCGCCGCCGAUUUCCCCUGCACGGCGGCGGGGCAGCGCUCCGAGAGCGGCUUCCUCCCCUACUCGGCCGCCGUGCUCAGCAAGGCCGCCGUCGCCUCGCCGGACCAGCGGGAGGAGGCGCCGCUCACCAGAUAA